UCAAACCGCAGGCACGCCACCACCCAUCCCCCCGUUUUAAGGCCCCAAACCCUCUCGAAUCCGCCCCCCUCCUGCGCCGUCGUCCUCCUCCUCCUCCUCGCCUCCCCGCGGCCACACCUCGACUCGCUCCCUCGAGUAGAUCAUCUGUUCCAUCCUUUUGAGGCGAGAUGGCGGCUACCUUCAAUGUUAACGCUGAGGCAGGCCUUAAAAAGCUUGAUGGCUACCUUCUGUCUCGCAGUUACAUCUCUGGAUACCAAGCUUCCAAGGAUGACUUGGCUGUGUAUUCUGAAUUCUCAGUUGCUCCACCAUCAACUUGCACCAAUGUUGCAAGGUGGUACAAUCACAUUGAUGCACUCCUGAAGCUGAGUGGAGUUACUGCCCCUGGUCAAGGUGUGAAGGUUCUGUCAUCAGUUGUCCCUGAGACCUCAACUACUGAUGUGGCUGAGGCUCCUGCAGCUGAUGAUGACGAUGACAGCGAUGUUGACCUUUUUGGAGAGGAAACCGAAGAGGAGAAGAAGGCAGCUGAAGAGCGUGCUGCCAAAGCUAAGGCUUCUACCAAGAAGAAAGAAUCUGGCAAGUCAUCAGUUUUGCUUGAUGUUAAGCCAUGGGACGAUGAGACUGACAUGGUCAAGCUGGAGGAAGCUGUCCGAAGCAUCAAGAUGGAGGGCCUUCUGUGGGGUGCUUCCAAGCUCAUGCCAGUUGGAUAUGGCAUCAAGAAGCUCCAGAUUAUGAUGACCAUCAUUGAUGACCUCGUCUCUGUCGACACUCUUAUUGAAGACCAUCUCUGCGUUGAACCAGCCAACGAGUACAUCCAGAGCUGUGACAUUGUUGCCUUCAACAAAAUCUAAAUCUUCCUGAGGCAGGUGAUGGCGUUGGGUUGGACAAUGCAGCAGCACAAUAUAUCUACAGUUUUCCGUUGCCGUGAUGGUGUCGUAGCUAAAGCAAGCAUAACAUAUCUGCCCUGUGAGGUUUUUGGACCUUAGGUCGAGUUGAGUCGUAGUGUUAUUACUGAGUGUUAUUUGCUUCGUAUGAAAUGAGACAAUGUGGUUGGAUUCCUGUUGCUAUUCUCUUUCUCUGCCGUCUUCAUCGCAGCUACCUACUUCUGUGUACUCGCCUACUUUCUCCCUUAACAGAUGCAUGGACGCUGGAGCUGUUUUGUCGUUUGAA